CCGGACCAGGGCUACAUCGGAAGGUAUGCACCCCCUUCCCAUCCUCCGCCUCCGGGCCUCGACGUAUACGGCUACCCUGUCAAUUCCGGCCACCAGGGAAGACCCCGUGAGUAUCACACGCCUCGCUUCCUCAAAGUCUCAUGAGUAUUGAUUCGUCUCAGAUAUGCCCACGGUAAACUCCAACGACUGGGCUCACGGAAACCGAAACGCGCCCCCUCCCCCGCCUUCAGGCGCCCAGCAGUUCGGCCACGGCGCUCCGGAUGGCUACAGCUUCCAGUAUUCCACCUGCCAGGGUAAGAGGAAAGCCCUCCUCAUCGGCAUCAACUACUUUGGCCAGGAUGGUGAGCUGCGCGGCUGCAUCAACGACGUCAAGAACCUAUCGGCCUUCCUGACAGAAAAGUACGGCUACAAGCGUGAAGACAUGGUUAUCCUCACCGACGAUCAGCAGCAGGCCAUGGGCCAGCCCACGAAGAACAAUAUCCUCCGCGCCAUGCACUGGCUCGUUCAGGGCGCACAGCCAAAUGACUCUUUGUUCUUCCACUACUCUGGUCACGGCGGCCAGACUGAGGAUCUGGAUGGCGAUGAAGACGACGGCUAUGACGAAGUCAUCUACCCCGUUGAUUACAAGGAAGCCGGUCACAUUGUCGACGACGAGAUGCAUCUCAUCAUGGUCCGACCCCUCCAGCCCGGCGUGAGACUUACAGCCAUCUUCGAUUCAUGCCACUCUGGUUCCGCGCUCGACUUGCCCUACAUUUACUCCACCAAGGGCGUCCUCAAGGAGCCCAAUCUGGCCAAGGAAGCCGGUCAGGGACUGCUCAAGGCAUUCACGGCUUACACCUCGGGCGACCUAGGUGGCGUCGCGAGCUCCAUCUUCAGCUUCGGCAAGCGCGCCAUUGCCGGCGACGAUGCCUACGAAAAGACAAAGGACACCCGUACCUCUCCCGCCGACGUCAUCAUGUGGUCCGGCAGCAAGGACAGUCAGACAUCUGCCGACGCUACCAUUGCGAACCAAGCCACGGGCGCCAUGUCGUACGCUUUCAUCACGGCUCUUAAGAAGAACCCCCAGCAAAGCUACGUCGAGCUUCUCAACAGCAUUCGCGACGUCCUGGAGGAGAAGUACACCCAGCUGCCUCAACUUUCAAGCAGUCACCCUAUUGACACGGAUCUUCUGUAUGUGAUGUAAAUCUUCUGGUGUCCGAUGCGGAACCUUUCCAUAAGGAAAAAAAAAAAGCAGGGCACGCAAAGUUGGGAAACUGGUGCUUUAAAGCGUAGCAAUGACAAAUGUCAUCCAAAUACAAAUGAUUCAUGAUGACCAUCGUUUCCCGUAAAUUUGAACUGAAAAAAAAAAACAAAAAAAAAAACAAAAAAAAAAAC